GUUCUGAGAGGGAGAGAGACGGAACGAGAGAGAGGAGACACACACACACACACAUACACACACGCACACGCGCGCACACACACACACACACACAUACACACACACACGGGACUCCUUUACCUCACCACCCCCCCCCUUCACACCCCGCCGCCCUCCCUUCUGCGUUCUCCUCCCCGUCGGUACCGACACCAGCAGAAGCCGCAAGGGGAAAAGGGAGAAGGCGGGGAGGGGGGGGAAGAGAGAGAGAGAGAGAGAGAGAGAGAGAGAGAGGAAAGGAAGAGGAGGAGGAGGAGGGAAAGAAGGGACGCCCCCGCCGGGCUGGACGAUCGGUUUUCCCCGGGGGGCCCGUGGCGAUGCCCCCCCGGUAGCUCGGGUGUUUGUGAGUGUUUCUAUGAGGAGAAGCGGCGGCGGCCAGGAUUUGUCUUCGCGGCCCGUCUCUCCCCGCCGCUCGCCUCCCUACAUGUUCCCCGCACUGAGGAGACGGAAGAGGAGCCGUAGCCACCCCCCCGCCCGGGCCGGAUUAUAGUCCCUCGCCACCGCGGGCCUCGGCCUCCCCCGGAUCCCGACGCCGAUUCGCCCAGUGUUUGGGAAAUGGGAAGUAAUGACAGCUGGCACCUGAACUAAGUACUUUCAUAGGCAACACCAUUCCAGAACUUCAGGAUGAAUGGGGAUAUGCCCCAUGUCCCCAUAACUACUCUUGCGGGGAUUGCUAGUCUCACAGACCUCCUGAACCAGCUGCCUCUUCCUUCUCCUUUACCUGCUACAACUACAAAGAGCCUUCUCUUUAAUGCACGAAUAGCAGAAGAGGUGAACUGCCUUUUGGCCUGUAGGGAUGACAAUUUGGUUUCACAGCUUGUCCAUAGCCUCAACCAGGUAUCAACAGAUCACAUAGAGUUGAAAGAUAACCUUGGCAGUGAUGAUCCUGAAGGCGAUAUUCCAGUCUUGUUGCAGGCCGUCCUGGCAAGGAGCCCUAAUGUUUUCAGGGAGAAAAGCAUGCAGAACAGAUAUGUACAAAGUGGAAUGAUGAUGUCUCAGUAUAAAAUUUCUCAGAAUUCCAUGCACAGUAGUCCUGCAUCUUCCAAUUAUCAACAAACCACUAUCUCACAUAGCCCCUCAAGCCGGUUUGUGCCACCACAGACAAGCUCUGGGAACAGAUUUAUGCCACAACAAAAUAGCCCAGUGCCUAGUCCAUAUGCCCCACAAAGCCCUGCAGGAUACAUGCCAUACUCCCACCCUUCAAGUUACACAUCACACCAACAGAUGCAGCAAGCAUCAGUAUCAAGUCCCAUUGGUGCAGGUGGUUUGAGAAACAUCCACGAUAACAAAGUUUCUGGUCCAUUAUCUGGAAAUUCAGCUAAUCAUCAUGCUGAUAACCCUAGACAUGGCUCAAGUGAUGACUACCUACACAUGGUGCACAGGCUAAGUAGCGAAGGUGGUGAUUCUUCAACAAUGAGGAAUGCUGCAUCCUUUCCCUUACGGUCUCCACAGUCAGUGUGUUCCCCUGCUGGAAGUGAUGGAACUCCUAAAGGAUCAAGACCACCUUUAAUUCUACAAUCUCAGUCUCUACCUUGUUCCUCACCUCGAGAUGUUCCACCAGACAUCUUACUAGAUUCUCCAGAAAGAAAACAAAAAAAGCAGAAGAAAAUAAAAUUAGGCAAGGAUGAAAAAGAACAGAGUGAGAAAGCUGCAAUGUAUGAUAUAAUUACUUCUCCAACCAAGGACUCUACUAAACUUACAUUAAGACUUUCUCGUGUAAGGUCUUCAGAUAUGGACCAGCAAGAGGAUAUGCUUUCUGGUAUGGAAAAUAGCAAUGUUUCAGAAAAUGAAAUUCCUUUUAAUGUGCAGUAUCCAGGACAGACUUCAAAAACACCCAUUACUCCACAGGAUAUAAACCGCCCACUAAAUGCUGCUCAGUGUUUGUCGCAGCAAGAACAAACAGCAUUCCUUCCAGCAAAUCAAGUGCCUGUUUUACAACAGAACACUUCAGUUUCUACAAAACAACCCCAGACUUCUGUGGUACAAAAUCAGCAACAGCAACAAGUAUCACAACAGGGACCUAUCUAUGAUGAAGUGGAAUUGGAUGCAUUGGCUGAAAUUGAGCGAAUAGAGAGGGAAUCAGCCAUUGAAAGGGAACGAUUUUCUAAAGAAGUUCAAGAUAAAGAUAAACCUUUGAAAAAAAGAAAACAAGAUUCUUACCCACAGGAGGCUGGGGGUGCUACAGGAGGUAAUAGACCAGCUUCUCAGGAGACGGGUUCUACGGGAAAUGGGUCAAGGCCAGCAUUAAUGGUUAGCAUUGAUCUUCAUCAGGCAGGAAGAGUGGACUCUCAGGCUUCUAUAACUCAGGAUUCAGACUCCAUAAAAAAGCCUGAAGAAAUCAAACAGUGUAAUGAUGCACCUAUUUCUGUUCUUCAGGAAGAUAUUACUGGAAAUCUUAAAUCUACACCAGAAAACCAUCCUGAGACUCCUAAAAAAAAGUCUGACCCUGAGCUUUCAAAGAAUGAUGUGAAACAAAAUGAAAGUAGGUUGUCAGAAUCAAAACCAAAUGAAAACCGAUUGGUGGAUACAAAAUCAAGUGAAAGUAAGUUAGAAGCUAAAAUUGAGACCCCAACAGAAGAACUUAAGCAUAAUGAAAGCAGAACUGCAGAAUCCAAACAAAGUGAGAGUACCAUAGUUGAGCCUAAACAAAAUGAAAAUAGAUUAUGUGACACAAAACCAAAUGACAGCAAACAAAACAAUACCAGGACAGAAACAACAAAAUCAAGACCUGAAACUCCAAAGCAGAAGGGUGAAAGCCGGCCUGAAACUCCAAAACAAAAGAGUGAUGGACGUCCAGAAACCCCCAAACAAAAGGGUGAUGGACGGCCUGAAACUCCAAAGCAAAAAGGUGAGGGCCGGCCUGAAACUCCAAAGCAAAAAAAUGAAAGCCGACCUGAAACACCAAAACAUAGACAUGAAAAUAGAAGGGAUUCUGGGAAGCCAUCAACAGAGAAAAAAUCUGAAGUGUCUAAACAUAAACAGGACAUUAAAUCUGAUUCGCCUCGGUUAAAAUCAGAAAGAGCUGAAGCCUUAAAGCAGAGACCUGAUGGGCGAUCUAUUUCUGAGUCACUAAGACGUGACCAUGAUAGUAAACAAAAAUCAGAUGACAGGGGUGAGUCCGAGCGACAUCGGGGUGAUCAGUCUAGGAUUCGAAGACCAGAAACCUUGAGAUCUUCUAGUAGAAAUGAACAUAGCAUUAAAUCUGAUGGCUCAAAAACUGAAAAAUUAGAAAGAAAGCACAGGCAUGAAUCAGGGGACUCAAGGGAACGACCAUCUUCUGGGGAACAAAAAUCAAGACCUGACAGUCCUCGUGUUAAACAAGGUGAUUGUAACAAAUCAAGACCUGAUAAACCUGGCUUUAGAUCGCCAAAUAGUAAAGAUGACAAAAGGACAGAGAGUAACAGAAGUAAAGUAGAGAGUAAUAAAACACACUCUGACAAUAAGGCUGAAUUUCCAAGUUAUUUGUUGGGGGGAAGGUCUGGUGCAUUAAAAAAUUUUGUCAUUCCAAAAAUCAAGAGGGAUAAAGAUGGCAAUAUUACUCAGGAAACAAAGAAAAUGGACUUGAAAGGAGAGCAGAAAGACAAAGUAGAAAAAAUGGGAUUAGUUGAAGAUCUAAAUAAAGGAGCUAAGCCCGUAGUUGUUCUGCAAAAGCUGUCUUUGGAUGAUGUCCAGAAACUAAUUAAAGAUAGAGAGGAUAAAUCAAGAAGUUCUCUUAAAUCUAUCAAGAAUAAGCCAUCAAAGUCAAAUAAAGGUAGUAUAGAUCAAUCAGUGUUAAAAGAAUUGCCCCCUGAACUACUGGCAGAAAUUGAAUCUACCAUGCCACUUUGCGAACGUGUGAAAAUGAACAAACGCAAGCGUAGCACAGUUAACGAAAAGCCAAAAUAUGCUGAAAUAAGUUCAGAUGAAGAUAAUGAUAGUGAUGAAGCUUUUGAAUCCUCUAGGAAACGACAUAAAAAAGAUGACGAUAAAGCUUGGGAAUAUGAGGAGCGUGACAGAAGAAGCUCUGGGGAUCAUAGGAGAAGUGGCCACGCUCAUGAAGGAAGAAGGAGUUCGGGUGGUGGUCGUUAUCGAAACCGAAGUCCAUCAGAUUCUGACAUGGAAGAUUAUUCUCCUCCUCCCAGCCUUAGUGAGGUUGCUAGAAAAAUGAAGAAAAAAGAAAAACAGAAGAAAAGGAAAGCUUAUGAGCCAAAGCUAACACCAGAAGAAAUGAUGGAUUCUUCAACUUUUAAAAGAUUCACAGCCUCAAUAGAGAAUAUUUUGGAUAAUUUAGAAGAUAUGGAUUUUACUGCAUUUGGUGAUGAUGAUGAAAUUCCUCAGGAACUACUCCUAGGAAAACAUCAGCUGAAUGAACUUGGGAGUGAAUCUGCUAAAAUUAAAGCAAUGGGUAUAAUGGAUAAGCUUUCAACUGAUAAAACUGUGAAAGUCCUAAAUAUUUUGGAGAAGAAUAUUCAAGAUGGAUCAAAGCUUUCUACUUUGUUAAAUCAUAAUAAUGAUACUGAAGAAGAAGAAAGAUUAUGGAGAGACCUUAUUAUGGAGAGAGUUACAAAGUCAGCAGAUGCCUGUCUUACAACUAUCAACAUUAUGACAUCCCCUAACAUGCCAAAAGCUGUAUACAUUGAGGACGUAAUUGAAAGAGUUAUACAGUAUACAAAAUUUCAUUUACAGAAUACACUGUAUCCCCAGUAUGAUCCUGUUUACAGAUUAGAUCCUCAUGGAGGAGGAUUACUAAGUUCAAAGGCCAAACGGGCUAAAUGUUCAACUCACAAGCAGAGAGUAAUAGUAAUGCUUUAUAACAAAGUUUGUGACAUUGUUAGCAGCCUAUCAGAAUUACUAGAGAUACAACUUCUUACAGACACAACAAUUCUUCAGGUUUCAUCAAUGGGAAUAACACCAUUUUUUGUAGAAAAUGUCAGUGAACUACAAUUGUGUGCCAUUAAGUUAGUCACUGCAGUAUUCUCAAGAUAUGAAAAGCAUAGGCAGUUGAUUUUGGAAGAAAUAUUUACUUCACUUGCAAGAUUACCAACUAGCAAGAGGAGUUUAAGGAAUUUCAGGUUAAAUAGUAGUGAUAUGGAUGGUGAACCUAUGUAUAUUCAGAUGGUCACAGCACUCGUUUUACAACUUAUUCAGUGUGUAGUUCACUUACCAUCAUCAGAAAAAGACGCUAAUUCAGAAGAGGAUUCAAAUAAAAAAGUUGACCAGGAUGUUGUCAUUACUAACUCUUAUGAAACAGCUAUGAGAACAGCCCAAAACUUCCUUUCCAUCUUCCUUAAAAAAUGUGGUAGUAAGCAAGGUGAAGAAGAUUACAGACCACUAUUUGAAAACUUUGUUCAAGACCUUCUUUCAACAGUCAAUAAGCCUGAGUGGCCCGCUGCUGAAUUACUCCUUAGUUUGUUAGGGAGACUGUUGGUGCAUCAAUUCAGUAACAAGUCAACAGAAAUGGCUUUAAGAGUGGCAUCUCUUGAUUACCUUGGAACUGUGGCUGCACGACUUAGGAAGGAUGCUGUUACCAGCAAAAUGGAUCAAGGGUCUAUAGAACGAAUUUUAAAACAGGUCUCAGGAGGAGAAGAUGAAAUCCAACAAUUGCAAAAGGCAUUGCUUGACUAUUUGGAUGAGAACACUGAGACUGAUCCUUCACUAGUGUUUUCUCGUAAAUUCUACAUAGCCCAGUGGUUCCGUGACACAACUCUGGAAACGGAAAAAGCUAUGAAAUCACAAAAAGAUGAAGAAACAUCUGAAGGAACACAUCAUGCAAAAGAAAUUGAAACAACUGGUCAAAUUAUGCAUCGAGCUGAAAACCGGAAAAAGUUUCUUAGAAGCAUUAUCAAAACAACACCUUCUCAGUUCAGCACAUUAAAGAUGAACUCUGAUACUGUGGACUAUGAUGAUGCAUGCUUGAUUGUUCGAUACUUGGCCUCUAUGAGGCCGUUUGCCCAGAGCUUUGAUAUUUAUUUGACACAGAUACUACGAGUCCUUGGUGAAAAUGCAAUUGCUGUUCGAACAAAAGCCAUGAAGUGUUUAUCUGAGGUUGUUGCUGUUGACCCCAGUAUUCUAGCAAGGCUUGAUAUGCAGCGAGGAGUUCAUGGACGAUUGAUGGAUAACUCUACAAGUGUCCGAGAAGCCGCAGUAGAAUUACUAGGUCGAUUUGUCCUUUGUCGGCCUCAGCUUGCUGAGCAGUAUUAUGAUAUGCUGAUUGAAAGAAUAUUGGAUACUGGUAUCAGUGUAAGGAAAAGAGUAAUAAAGAUCUUAAGAGACAUCUGUAUUGAACAACCAACAUUUCCAAAGAUUACAGAAAUGUGUGUAAAAAUGAUUCGCAGAGUCAAUGAUGAAGAGGGCAUUAAGAAAUUAGUAAAUGAAACAUUCCAAAAACUCUGGUUUACUCCAACUCCACAUAAUGACAAAGAAGCAAUGACAAGGAAAAUUUUGAACAUCACUGAUGUGGUUGCAGCAUGCAGAGACACUGGAUAUGACUGGUUUGAGCAACUCCUUCAAAAUUUAUUGAAGUCAGAAGAGGAUUCCUCAUAUAAGCCUGUGAAGAAAGCUUGUACUCAACUUGUUGAUAACCUAGUUGAGCACAUUCUUAAAUAUGAGGAAUCUCUAGCUGACUCUGACAAUAAAGGUGUGAACUCUGGAAGAUUGGUAGCUUGCAUAACCACUUUAUUCUUAUUCAGCAAAAUAAGACCCCAGCUCAUGGUUAAACAUGCCAUGACUAUGCAGCCAUACCUUACCACUAAAUGUAGUACGCAGAAUGAUUUCAUGGUUAUCUGCAAUGUUGCAAAAAUUCUCGAGCUAGUAGUACCACUGAUGGAACAUCCAAGUGAAACUUUCCUUGCCACCAUUGAAGAAGAUCUAAUGAAGCUUAUCAUCAAAUAUGGCAUGACUGUAGUACAACAUUGUGUAAGCUGUCUUGGGGCUGUUGUAAAUAAAGUAACACAAAAUUUUAAAUUUGUGUGGGCCUGUUUCAAUAGAUACUAUGGUGCCAUUUCAAAAUUAAAAAGCCAGCACCAAGAGGACCCAAACAACACUUCACUUCUGACCAAUAAGCCAGCCCUUCUCAGGUCCCUCUUCACCGUUGGAGCACUCUGUCGGCAUUUUGAUUUUGAUUUGGAAGAUUUUAAAGGCAGCAGUAAGGUUAACAUAAAGGACAAAGUACUUGAACUGUUGAUGUACUUCACAAAACAUUCAGAUGAGGAAGUACAAACAAAAGCCAUCAUUGGUCUAGGAUUUGCCUUUAUACAGCAUCCAAGUCUAAUGUUUGAGCAAGAAGUGAAGAAUCUGUAUAAUAAUAUUUUAUCUGAUAAGAACUCCUCAGUAAAUUUAAAAAUACAAGUGUUAAAAAACCUCCAGACUUACCUUCAAGAAGAAGACACACGAAUGCAGCAGGCAGACAGAGACUGGAAGAAAGUUGCAAAGCAAGAAGACUUAAAAGAGAUGGGUGAUGUUUCCUCAGGGAUGAGUAGUUCCAUCAUGCAGCUUUACCUCAAACAGGUGCUUGAGGCCUUUUUUCACACCCAGUCAAGUGUUCGCCACUUUGCCCUAAAUGUCAUAGCACUGACUCUAAAUCAAGGUCUUAUUCAUCCAGUUCAGUGUGUCCCCUAUUUAAUUGCUAUGGGCACAGACCCAGAACCUGCUAUGCGGAACAAGGCUGAUCAGCAGCUCGUGGAAAUAGACAAAAAGUAUGCUGGAUUCAUUCAUAUGAAAGCAGUGGCUGGCAUGAAGAUGUCUUAUCAGGUACAACAGGCAAUCAACACGUGCCUGAAAGAUCCCGUGAGAGGUUUCAGACAAGAUGAGUCCUCAAGUGCUUUGUGUUCACACCUGUACUCCAUGAUCCGUGGCAAUCGCCAACACAGACGAGCCUUUCUGAUUUCAUUACUCAACCUCUUUGAUGACACAGCAGGGACACUGACAAAGGUUUUAUUAGUACAUGAAUUUGGAGGGGCAUUAAACCCACUUACUAGUACUAUAAUGACCAAAUUUUUGAGAGCUAAAUAG